AUUUAUCUUGAUCCCGACAUCAUAUUCUUGCGACCUAUCGACCAAUUCCGGCAGCCAGUCCUUACAAUGGGCGUAAUCGACCAAGCAACCGGUAUAGGGAACGGUUUGAUAUUUGCCAAAAGACACUCCAAAUUCUUAGAAUAUUGGUACGAAAGUUACAGAAAUUUUAACUCUAGUUUUUGGGGAACUCAUUCAAUGGUAAUACCAUUGAAGUUAUCAACAAUAUAUUCACACCUUAUUAACGUAGAUAAAGGACAUAUUUAUCAUCCGAACUGGUUUGAGCUUGAUAAACUUUUUCUUAAAGUGGUCCCUUGGGAUAAAAAUGUAGCUGUACAUAUGUGGACUCACCAUGAAUACCAUCUGCCUCAAUCUCUGAAAGAAACAGACACGUUAAAUACAACAGCCGGUCAAAUGUUAAGA